CUUAUACUCGAGUAUAUAUAGCAAUUCUGACUUUUAAUACUAAUAGUCAUAUUAAUACUAUGAAUACUAAUAUUUAUUUAUCGUGUUAGAAGCGAAUCGAAGGUACAAGUUGUAAUGUAUUUGAAAACACAAGCAAAUACUAAUACAGUAGAGUCUCACUUAACCAAGCCUCACUUAUCCAAAUUUCUGGAUUAUCCAAGCCAUUUUUGUAGUCAAUGUUUUCAAUACAUUGUGAUAUUUUGGUGCUAAAUUUGUAAAUACAGUAAUUACAACAUAAUAUUACUGCGUAUUGAACUACUUUUUCUGUCAAAUUUGUUGUAUAACAUGAUGUUUUGGUGCUUAAUUUGUAAAAUCAUAACCUAAUUAGAUGUUUAAUAGGCUUUUCCUUAAUCCCUCCUUAUUAUCCAAGAUAUUCGCUUAUCCAAGUUUCUGCUGGCCCGUUUAGCUUGUAUAAGUGAGACUCUACUGUACUAAUAAAACAGUAAUGAUACAAAACAGUUUAGGCUACAAAUUCCUAACCAAAUUUUGCACUCCUAUUAAUAAUAUUAGGAUGCUGACUCUAUUAUUAAUGCAGCAUUGCUGUUAUUGAGGCCUGCAUCAUUUUGCACAGUUGCUGUUGCAAUUGCCAUGCCAAGCCUUUACUCUUCUAUUUGUGUAUGUGUCAGGAGCAACUUGAGAAAGUGCAAGUCGCUUCUAGUGUGAGAGAAUUGGCCAUCUGCAAGGACGUUGCCCAGGGGACGCCCAGAUGUUUUGAUGUUUUUACCAUCCUUGUGGGAGGCUUCUCUCAUGUCCCCGCAUGGAGCUGGUGCUGACAGAGGGAGCUCAUCCACGUUCUCCCCGGGUUGGAUUUGAACCGGCAACGUUCAGGUCAGCAAACCAAUCUUCAAGUCAUCAGUCCUGCCAGCUCAAGGAUUUAACCCACUGCAUCACCGAGGGCUCCUAUUAUUCUAUGAUGACGAUGACGAUGAUAAUGAUGAUGAUGAUUAUGAUAAUGAUGUUUAUAUUUAUACCCAGCUUUUCUCUCCACAAAGGAGACUUAAAGCAACUUGCAAUAAAAGGAUGUCAAUACAAGGCUUGGACAUUUUUGUUUGUUGGGUGCCCUGGCCUUGUCUUGACGUCGGUCUUUGGUUGUUUUUCCCCUUUUCUUCUCAAAAGGAGUUCAGUUUGUCCACGGAGAAGAUCGCCGCGAAGGAUGACGAGAACUCGGAGCGGGGCAACUGGUCCAGCAAGACGGACUACCUGCUCUCCAUGGUGGGCUACGCCGUCGGAUUGGGCAACGUAUGGCGCUUUCCGUACCUCACUUACCAGAACGGCGGAGGGGCCUUCUUGAUACCGUACACCAUCAUGCUGGCGCUGGCCGGACUGCCGCUGUUCUUCCUGGAGUGCUCCCUGGGCCAGUUUGCCAGCCUGGGACCGGUCUCCAUCUGGAGGAUCUUGCCCCUCUUACAAGGCGUCGGGGUGACGAUGGUGGUCAUCUCCACCUUUGUGACCAUCUAUUACAACGUCAUCAUCGGCUACAGCCUCUACUACUUGUUUGCCUCCUUCCAAAGCGUUCUCCCUUGGGCCGACUGUGACCCCGACUGGGCCGACGACACCUGCAGCAAGUACCCAAUAGUCUCCGACUGCAAUGCCACAUGGGAAAACGGCACCGUGAUCCAUGCCAAUUACUCCUGGAUUGUGAGCCAUAACUUGACUUGCCUCAAUGACACCAAGAGCUUUGCCAAAACCCAAGUGCCCAGUGAGCAGUACUGGAACAAAAAGGUCCUCCAGCGGUCACCGGGAUUAGACGAGACCGGAGAGGUUGUCUGGUAUCUCGCCCUCUGCCUUCUCCUUUCCUGGCUCAUUGUAGGCGUGGCCUUAUUCAAGGGGAUCAAGUCUUCCGGGAAGGUUGUCUACUUCACGGCCAUCUUCCCUUAUGUCGUCCUCAUCAUAUUGCUGGUACGAGGCGUCACGUUGGAAGGGGCCCGGGAGGGCAUUGAGUACUACAUUGGGAACCAGUCCAACUUCACCAAACUCAUGGAGGCAGAGGUCUGGAAAGAUGCAGCGACACAGAUUUUCUUCUCCCUGUCAGUGGCCUGGGGUGGGCUGGUGGCCCUCUCCUCGUACAACAAGUUCCACAACAACUGCUAUUCUGAUGCCAUCUUCGUCUGCGUGAUCAAUUGCCUCACCAGUGUCUUUGCCGGCUUUGCCAUCUUCUCCAUCUUGGGGCACAUGGCCUUCAUGGCAGACAAGAAAGUCUCAGAGGUUGUUGAUUCAGGCUUCGACCUGGCAUUUGUUGCCUAUCCAGAAGCACUCUCCAAGUUGCCGGUUGCUCCUCUUUGGUCCUUUCUGUUUUUCUUCAUGCUGCUGCUGUUGGGCCUGGACUCCCAAUUUGCAACCAUCGAGACGAUCACCACCACCAUCCAAGACAGCUUCCCCAAAGUGAUGAAGAAAAUGCGGGUGCCGGUGACCCUUGGGUUGUGCAUGCUACUCUUUCUCCUGGGGCUUGUCUGUGUCACUCAGGCAGGAAUCUACUGGGUCAACUUGGUGGACCAUUUCUGUGCCGGAUGGGGAAUCCUUUUCGCAGCUGUCCUUGAGUUGGCAGGAAUUUGCUGGAUUUAUGGAGGAAACCGAUUUAUUGAAGACAUCGAAAUGAUGAUCGGCAAGAAAAGCUUCCUCUUCUGGCUCUGGUGGCGAAUCUGCUGGUUUGCUGUGACCCCUUGCCUUCUGCUUGCAAUCUUGGUUUGGUCUCUGGUCACCUUUGCACCCCCCAAAUACGGCAGCGUGGAAUAUCCCGAAUGGGGGUCGGCGGUCGGAUGGUGCAUGAUCAUGUUCUGCCUCAUUUGGAUCCCUGUCAUUGCAAUUUACAAAAUAGCCAAAGCCCAAGGCAACCUGUGGCAGCGUAUUGUCAACUGUUGCAAGCCCCAGCCAAAUUGGGGCCCUUAUUUGGAGUGCCACCGCGGAGAGCGAUACAGAAACAUGGUGGAACUGGCCAAAGAGCGGGACCUCGAGAUCCCCACCGUGGACAGCUAUGUACCCAAGUUCGACUAAAGAGGAACCUUGGGGGGGGGGGGG